GGCGGGCCCGGGGCGCCCCGGGAGCCUAGGGGCAAAGGCGCCAGUAGGGCAGUCUGGGCGCACCGGGAGGGUUGGCUGCCCCAGGCGCCCGAGGACCAGGAUGGACUACGUGGGCCGGCUCGGGACGAGGCCUCGAUGGGCUGCCCCUCGCCGCGCGGCGGAGCUCCUGGUGCUGCUCCUGCCGUGCCUGGGAUUGGCGGAGGCCUCGGGCCGCGCAGGUGAUGACUCAUUCACCAUCUUCCAUGAAAAUACGGGCAAGUGCAUCAAGCCGCUGAAUGACUGGAUAGUAGCAAAGGACUGUGACAAAACCGAGGACAUGUUAUGGAAGUGGGUUUCCCAGCAUCGGCUCUUUCAUUUGCAAUCCCAGAAGUGUCUUGGCCUGGAUAUUACCAAACCCACAGAUUCCUUGAGAAUGUUCAGCUGUGACUCCAGGGCCAUGCUGUGGUGGAAAUGUGAGCAGUACUUCCUGUACGGAGCCGCCCAGUUCAGGUUGGCUCUGAAGGAGGGACAUGCCAUAGCAAGUACAAAUUCAUCUGAUGUCUGGAAGAAGGGAGGCUCGGAGGAAAACCUCUGUGCCCAGCCUUACCGUGAGGUAUAUACCAGAGAUGGGAACUCCUAUGGGAGACCUUGUGAAUUUCCAUUCUUGGUUAAUGGGACCUGGCAUCAUGAGUGCAUCCUUGAUGAAAGUCACAGUGGGCCAUGGUGUGCAACGACCUUAAAUUUUAAAUAUGAUCAAAAGUGGGGUAUCUGCUUAAAACCAGAAAAUGGCUGUGAAGAUAAUUGGGAAAAGAAUGAGCAGACUGGAAGUUGCUACCAAUUUAAUACUCAGGCAACUCUUUCCUGGAAAGAAGCUUAUGUUUCAUGUCAGAAUCAAGGAGCUGACUUAUUGAGCAUCAACAAUGCUGCUGAAUUAACUUAUCUUAAAGAAAAAGAAGGCAUUGCAAGAAUUUUCUGGAUUGGCUUAAAUGAGUUGUAUUCUUCUAGAGGCUGGGAAUGGUCUGAUCAGAAGCCAUUAAACUUUCUCAACUGGGACCCAGCUAUGCCCAGUGCACCUACCAUAGGUGGGUCAAGCUGUGCAAACAUGGAUGCCACGUCUGGUCUCUGGAAGAGUUUUGCCUGUGAAGCUCAGCUGCCCUACGUCUGCAAGAAACCAUUAAAUAAUACAGAGGAAUUAACAGAUGUUUGGACAUAUUCAGAUACCCGCUGUGGUGCAGACUGGCUGCCAAAUAAUGGAUUUUGCUAUCUGCUGGUAAAUGAAAGUGAUUCGUGGGAUAACGCACAGAUGAAAUGCAAGACGUUCAGCAGUGACCUCAUCAGCAUUCAUUCUUUAGCAGAUGUGGAAGUGGUUGUGACAAAACUCCAUAAUGGGGAUGCCAAAGAAGAAACAUGGACAGGUCUGAGGAAUAUAAAUACACCGGCUUUAUUUCAGUGGUCAGAUGGCACUGAAGUUACUCUAACGUAUUGGGAUGAGAAUGAGCCAAAUGUUCCUUACAAUAAGACUCCCAACUGUGUUUCCUAUUUAGGAACGCUAGGUCAGUGGAAAGUCCAAUCAUGUGAAGAGAAACUUAACUAUGUAUGUAAGAAAAAGGGAGAACAAAUAAGUGAUGCAAGAUCUGAUAAGAUGUGUCCUCCAAAUGAGGGCUGGAAGAGACAUGGAGAAAUCUGUUACAAGAUUUACAAGGAUGAGGUCCCUUUUGGAACCAACUGCAAUCUGACUAUAACAAGCAGAUUUGAACAAGAAUACCUGAAUGAUAUGAUUAAAAAGUAUACUAAAUCUCCAGGAAAAUACUUCUGGACUGGCCUGAGAGAUGUAGGUUCACGUGGAGAGUACAGUUGGGCAAGUGUUGGUGGAGUAAAGCGAUCCGUAACCUUUUCCAACUGGAAUAUUCUUGAACCAGCUUUUCCAGGCGGGUGUGUGGCUAUGACUACUGGAAAUUCUCUUGGGAAGUGGGAGGUGAAAGAUUGCAGAAGCUUCAGAGCGCUUUCAAUUUGCAAGAAAAUCAGUGGGCCUGUUGAGUCUGAAGAAGCAUCUCCUAAGCCUGAAGACUCCUGUCCUGAAGGCUGGUAUAAUUUCCCCUCUGGUCUUUCUUGUUAUAAGCUAUUUCAUGUAGAAAGAAUUGUAAGGAAGAGGAACUGGGAAGAAGCGGAGAGAUUCUGCGAAGCCCUUGGAGGACAUCUUCCUAGCUUCCAUGAUAUGGAUGAAAUGAAGAAAUUUGUUGAGUUUUUAAUGGACCAGUUCAGUAACCAGCGUUGGCUGUGGUUAGGUUUGAACAAAAGGAGCCCUGACUUGCAAGGAGCCUGGCAGUGGAGCGAUCGCACACCAGUGUCUACGAUUAUCAUGGAAAAUGAGUUUCAGCAGGAUUAUGAUAUCAGAGAUUGUGCUGCUGUCAAGGUCACGGAUAGGCCAUGGCGAAGAAGCUGGUAUUUGUCUGAGAGAGAAUUCAUGUCUUUAAGGCCUUUUGCUUGUGAUACAAAACUUGAAUGGGUGUGCCAGAUUCCAAAAGGUCGUACUCUCAAAACACCAGACUGGUACAAUCCAGAGCGUGCUGGAAUUCAUGGACCUGCGGUUGUAAUAGAAGGGAGUGAAUAUUGGUUUGUUGCUGAUCCUCAUUUAAACUACGAAGAGGCUGUCCUGUAUUGUGCUAGCAAUCACAGCUCUCUGGCUACUUUAACAUCCUUUGUCGGACUAAAAGCCAUCAAAAACAAAAUAGCAAAUAUAUCUGAUGAUGAACAGAAGUGGUGGGUGAGAACUGACCAGCACCACAAAAUGGACCGUCACUUUAUGUACUCACGACAUCCGUGGCAUCACUUUCCUUUAACAUUCGGAGAAGAAUGCUUGUAUAUUUCUGCCAAGACUUGGCUUAGGGAUUUAAAUAAGCCAGCAGACUGUAGCACCAGGUUGCCCUUCAUCUGUGAAAAAUAUAAUGUAUCUUCAUUGGAAAAAUAUAGUCCAGAUUCUGCAGCUAAAAUACAAUGCUCUGGGGAUUGGAUUCCUUUUCUGAAUAAGUGUUUUCUAAAGAUCAAACCCAAGUCUGUCACAUUUUCUGAAGCAAGCGAUACUUGUCACACCUAUGGUGGCACUCUUCCUACAGUGAUGAACCAGAGAGAACAAGAUUUUAUUACAGUCUUGCUUCUGGAUAUGGAAGCUACUUUAUGGAUUGGUUUGCGCUGGACAGCCUAUGAAAGGAUAAACAAGUGGAUAGAUAACAGAGAGCUGACAUUCAGUAACUUUCACCCACUAUUGGUUGGUCGGAGGCUACGAAUACCAACAAAUAUUUUUGAUGAAGAGUCCCGCUACCACUGUGCUCUAAUGCUCAACCACCGGAAGUCACCUUUUACUGGAACUUGGAAUUUCACUUCCUGCAAUGAACGCCAUACUCUGUCUCUCUGUCAGAAAUACUCAGAAAUUGGAGGCAGACAAACCCUGAAGAAUACCUCAGAAACUGUAAAGCAUCUAAAUAAUCUGUACAAAAUAAUCUUGAAGACUCUGACCUGGUCUGAUGCUCUCAGGGAGUGUGAGAAACAUAACAUGCGUCUGGUGAGCAUCACAGACCCUUACCAGCAGGCGUACCUAACUGUGCAGGCGGUCCUUCAUAACGCCUCCUUAUGGAUCGGACUCUCCAGUCAAGACGAUGAACUCAACUUCGGUUGGUCAGAUGGGAAACAGCUUCAAUUUACUCGCUGGACUGAAAAUAAUGCACAACUUGAGGACUGUGUAUUAUUAGACACUGAUGGAUUCUGGAAAACAUCUGAUUGCAAUUCUUAUCAACCGGGUGCUAUUUGCUACUAUCCAGGAAAUGAGACUGAAAGAGAGGUCAAACCAGUUACCAGUGUUCGAUGUCCAUCUCCUGUUUUAAAUACUCCAUGGAUACCAUUUCAGAACUAUUGCUACAAUUUCAUGAUAGCAAAGAAUAUAUAUAUGGCAACAACACAAGACGAUGUUCAUUCUAGGUGCCAGAAACUGAAUCAAAAAUCACAUAUUCUGAGUAUUCGAGAUGAAAAGGAGAAUAACUUUGUUCUUGAGCAACUUCUGCAACUCAAUUAUAUGGCUUCAUGGGUCAUGUUAGGUAUCAUUUAUGAAAAUAACUCUCUUAUGUGGUCUGAUAAGACUUCGCUGUCAUAUACACACUGGAGAGAAGGAAGACCAGAUGUAAAAAAUGGCCAGUUUUUUGCUGGUUUGAGUACCGAUGGCUUCUGGGAUAUUCAAACCUUGAAUGCUGCUGAAGACGUACAUUAUUAUCAUCAGCACAGCAUUCUUGUUUGUAAAAUUGAAAUGGUUGACUACAAGGAAGAAUUUAAUACGACUCUGCCACAGUUUAUUCCAUAUGAAGAUGGUAUUUAUAAUGUUAUUCAAGAAAAAGUAACAUGGUAUGAAGCAUUAAACAUGUGUUCUCAAAGUGGAGGUCAUCUGGCAAGUGUUCAUGACAAAAAUGGCCAGCUCUUUCUGGAAGAUAUCGUAAAGCGUGAUGGAUUUCCUCUGUGGGUUGGUCUCUCAAGUCAUGAUGGAAGUGAAUCAAAUUUUGAAUGGUCUGAUGGCAGUGUUUUUGACUACAUGCCAUGGAAAGAAAAAACAUCUGUUGGAAAUUGUGUUCUUUUGGAUCCAAAAGGAACUUGGAACCAUGAAAACUGCAAGUCUGCUAAGGAUGGUGCUAUUUGUUAUAAACCUACAAAAUCUAAAGAGAUGUCUUCUCAUACAACCUCAUCGAGAUGUCCAAGAACAAAAGGGAACGAAUCACAGUGGAUCCAGUACAAGGGCCACUGUUACACAGCUAACCAAGCAUUGCAUAGUUUCUCAGAAGCCAAACGGUUUUGUUCAGAAGUUGAUCAUUCUGCAGUUAUUGUUACUAUAGAGGACGAAGAUGAGAAUAAAUUUGUGAGCAGACUGAUGAGGGAACAUAAUAAUAUUACCAUGAGAGUUUGGCUUGGGUUAUCUCUACAGGUUGCCGAUCAGUCUUGGAAUUGGUUAGAUGGAUCAAAAGUGACAUUUGCCAAAUGGGCAAAUAAACGUAAGAGUGAUGGUGGAAAAUGUAGCAUUUUGUUAGCUUCAAAUGAAACAUGGAUAAAAGUUGAAUGUUCACGUGGCUAUGGAAGAGUUGUCUGCAAAGUUCCUCUGGGCCCUGAUUACAGAGGAAUAGCUAUCACAUUUGCUGUGCUAAGUGUCUUAGCUCUCAUCAGCGGACUGAUUUGGUUCCUCUUCCAAAGGAAUCGUUUGCACUGGGCAGGAUUCUCUUCAGUUCGAUAUGAACCAGGAGUGAAUGAAGAUGAGAUUAUGCUUCCUUCAUUCCAUGACUAAAUCCUUCUAAAAGUUUGCUAAUUUGCACUAAUGUUUUAGGAAAAAUGAGCCAUUUGAAAUUUUCCCAGUAUCAGUAUUUACAAUGUUCCAAAGUAGAAGUCGUAAGUACUUCAGUUGUUUAGUUGCUAUUCUGGUAUCCAUGUUUAAUUAUCUACAAAAAAAGCCAUGUAUAUAACUCUACUUAAUAGAAUGGAGAGUAACCGAAGCUGAAACGAAAGUCCAAAUUGUUUGUAGGGUAAUAAUUUUAAUGCAUAUUUUCUGUAUAAGAAUGUGAUUGAUGACUAGACUAUGUGUGUUUUAAUGGCAUUUUAACAAAACUUCUUAGAAAAUUUAAAUUGACACAUUAAGGCCACACAUCUCCCUUUUAAUUUUUAUGAACAUCUGGCCAAAUGCAAAAUUAGUACCUCAAGGUAAAAACACAACUGUAAAUAAUAUCAACGUUGUUUUAAAAUAGUCACUUGUAGCAUUUGGGGGAAAAUUUUAAACAAUGAGGGACGUGCUUAUUUUUACACAACAAAAUGAUACCUCUUGGCAAGAUGCUUCGUAGACUAUUCCAAAUAUAUUUCAUACCGAAUUACAUUUCAUACCAAAUUAAAUGUAAAGUUUUGUUCUGUUCAUAAUUAUUCAUAAAACAAUGACUUUUAAAGAUUUAGUAUUUAAUAUUUUUCUAAAGUGUGGGAACAUUAUUUGUAGAUUGAUUUUUCUUUUGUCUUUUCUUAUGUACAAAUCAUACCUGUUUCCUUUUUAAAGGGAAUCUGCAAAGAGUUUUUGAAAAUUUUAUGAUUUAUAUACUUUACAGGGUAUGUCUACUUUUGACUAAGAAAUCUUUAUUACUUUGUUGCCUUUUUACAUGCGCCAAAGAGAAGGGGUCUGUGAAGGAAACUGCAUAUCUUGCAUUUGUAAAAAUGAAAAUUUUAUACUGAAACUCUAAACCUUGUGAUUACUACUAAAAUAUUUAAAAUUAUGAAUGAUUAAGGAAAUACUGUUCUGUGGUUAUCACUUUAAAUUUUACCACCUACGGGUGGCGGGUUAGCUCAGUUGGCUAGAGGGUGGUGCUGGUAGCACCAGGGUUGCCGGUUCGAUCCCCUCCUGGGCCACUGUGAGCUGCACCCUCCAUAAAUAAAUAAAUAAAUAA